AUUUCAUUCUUAUUAACUGCUUUCUAAAUUUAGUUGCUAUUUUUAUGCCAAUAACGUUAUCGUUCACGUUUCCUGUCAGUUUCUUGUCGAUUUAGGCCUUUGGAGCGUUAUCAUAUUCAACCGUUUUACAAUAAACGCGUAUGACAUGGAACAUCUGUGUGCCUAAAUCUGACAAAGUUGAAUAUGACGCAUUUGUUGAAGAAGUCAAAUACUAAAGAAUCUGAAGCAACAGUGGCUUCAUCGUCGACAUUUACGGAAGAAGGCGACUCUGCAGCUGACGAAACGUUUGAGGGCUUGCCAUCCUUAACCACGCUUAGACAAAAGCGUAUCAACACAGAGACUGAGUUUGAAUCAUUGUUGACCAAAAGUCGAAAUUUGAUAAACGAGAAGGCUCGAAGAUCGCAGCUGGCAUGCCUAAAAACAGAGUUACAUUUUAAACUGGCCGCCUAUAAUCAAAUUAUAUCGAACACAUUACCUCAAAUUCGCAACGCAGAGUCGAAAGCUGCUUUCGAAGAAUGCGUUCAGAAAGUGAUAUCUGAAGUUGAAGGUAUGAACGAUGAAAUUGAUAGUUACAUCGACCGUGAACCUGAAAUAUCGUGCGUGGCUCCUGACGAAGGGAACUCUCAGAUUUCAAGUGAAAGGAUGGAAGAGGACAGCGAUAAUACAAUAAAUCUCCAGCCAGCGUGCGCCAAGCAGUCCGGUGGUGAAAUGGGGGCGGCGACUGACCAACUUCGAGAAUCUAGAGCACGAGAACACGACGAUCGCCGAGAAACACCAACUCUUUUAAAGAGUCCCUUUAUGAGCCACAGGUUCAAUAACUUUGACGAACACGACGUGUUACAAUCAACUCGAAGAAAAAGUGCCCGCUUCGAACCAGAGACUUUUACCGCGUCAGAUAAACGUCGUGAAUAUACGAUUUCUUACACUCCAAGACAUUACCAAAAUCCUUCACCAGCAAACCAAAUGCCGUUGCCAGACCAAUCGGUAGACUCCUGGAUCGAUAAUCUCCAACCAAAUCAAGCAGGAUCCAGAACGGUAAAUGAUAACAUUUCUCUAGCUGAGCAAACGUGUUUAUCUUUGAGUUUAAAUUCUAAAAUGUGGGCUGAGCAUCAUUUGCCGCCGGUACAAAUAAGUCCGUUUGAUGGGAGUGCUAUAAACUGGCCUAAUUUCAUUGAAUUGUUUUAUGAAAAUGUUCAUUCACGGUUAGACGAUGAUGGUCAACGCAUGGUGAGAUUGUCCGCGUAUUUGUCGGGUUCGGCGAAGCGUCGUGUUGAGGGAUUAGGUACCGCCGGUAGUCAUUACAUACUGGUUUUAAAGGAAUUAAAACGCCGCUACGGACAGCCGGUACUGAUCGCACGGGCGGUGCUUGACCGAGUUGUAAAUGGAAAACGUAUGUCGCCUCUUUCGGCCGAUAGAUUGCUAAAUUUUCACUCAGACGUGCGUGACUGCGUGGUGAAUCUCAAAAAGAUGUGUUAUUUGGCUGACAUCAGUAGCGUCGAGAAUGUAAGAAGGGUUUCAAGCAGGAUUCCUCAAGAACUGAACUCGAGUUGGAAUAAAUUUGUUGUAGGUUUUAUUCACAAAAACUCUAAUCCGACAUUAAUUGACUUUGAGCAAUGGUUGUGGGAAAGAACUGAAGAAAUCGCCAAUCCUUUUUCUCCAGAUGUUACUUGCAAUGUGAUCAAUAGAACUGAUUUAACUGACCACGAGAUGCCCAGAAGCGCUCGUCGCCGAUUUCCGACUCCAUUUUCAACGUUAUCAAACUUGGAAUCCGAUUAUACGUCAUAUAGUGACGCAUCACGUUGUCAAUUCUGCAAUGCUCGCCAUUCUUUGAGAAGUUGUGAGACGUUUUUCGGUGCGACCGAUUAUGUAAAACGUAACUUUGUUGUAGAUUACAGACUUUGCUUUAAAUGUCUUGAACCGGGCCAUCGUGCAUUUAUGUGUAGAUGUGAUGUCGAGUGUAGUAUAUGCAAUGGGAAACAUCACAAAUGUAUUCAUGGAAUUCGCAUGUUUGAAAGCGUCCCAAGACCAAUAAACCGACAGGGUAUAAACAAUGCGGUGUCGGUAACAACUAGAGUUCAUUUCAGUUGCUGCCUGUUCUGGUUAGAGGAGCUAAUGGACGCUCCGAGUAUACAGUUGCUUUGCUGGAUUCGAACAAGAUUGAUUGCAUUGAAUGCUGAUAUUGAAGCCAUGUAUCACAUGGUGCGUCUACCACAGUCGGACACGGAUUCAGUCAGAUUUUUCUUGCAAGGAAAUCUGAGAUCCACAACCCCGCCUGAUGUGUAUCAAUUUCUAGUGAGAAUAUUUGGUGUGGUCGACUCGCUAUACCUUGCAAAAACCGCGCUUGAUAACACCGGGCAAUUUUCAAUGGAAGCAGUAGAAACGGUUUUUAGGGAUUGCUACGUAGACGAUUUGCUUUCAUCAGAAUGUAAUGGUGACUCCGCUUUUUCCGACGCUCAAGAAAAUUCUAAUAUAUUAGCAAGCAGGAGUUUUCCGAUUGAAAAAAUGGCUUUCAAAUUCAAAACAUUAUUGUCGAAAUUUAACACAGGGGAUUGUCGUAAUCCUGACGUUGAAUCAAAUUUUGAUUAUGUGCCCAGUUAUAAGGCGCUGGGACUUCAUUGGAACACUAAUGACGACGAUUUCUACAUUGUUUACAAAGAUGAUUUGAAAUGGGACAAAAACUUAGAUAACCUCAGGAAGAAUGCUCGGGAAGAGUGGACCGAAUCAUUAAAACAAUUGACUAAUUUCCAUGUGCCUAGACAAUAUUUAGGCGCCUCGAAAACCGCUAUUUAUGAGAUUUGCGAUGCGUCUGAACAAGCUUACGUCGCAGUGGCUCACUUGCGUGCCAAGAAAUGUCAAUGUGUGAAUUAUAGUUUGUCGAUGGCCAAAUCAAUUGUUUCUCCGAUGAAAUUUAUGUCCGUUUCCAAAUUAGAGCUGCAAAGUGCUUUAUUAGCCGCGCCCGAUAUUAUAAACAGUCGUCCUUUUCUAUUAGCGACAACGUACGUGAUCCAGCUCCCCUCACGCCUAAAUACACCUUUGGAUCAACAGCGCAUCAGAGAAGAUGGAGACAAACCGAAGCAAUUUCGAAUCGCUUUUGGAAGCGCUGGCGACGAACGUAUGUACCAAUGCUGA